AUGGCAACGCCGGCGAGCCUCCAUCCCGCCUCGCCGCCGGCGAUAUCAGGCGUCGUGGCGGUGGCGGCGUGCGCCGCCAUGGCAGUAUCCUACGUCGCUGUCCUCUAUGCUCCGAUGGUCAUCCUCCGCUUCCCGCCCCCGACCUCGCUCCGCACCUUCCUCCACCGUCGCUUCGCCUGCGCCGCCGUCGCAUCCGCCGCCUCUGCCCUUGCCACCGUGUCCCUCCUCCGAGUCUGGAGCCUCAGCGACUUCGCUGAUAUGUUUGCUGUGUUCGGCGUUAGGAAGGAUCACUUGAUUCAGGCCGUGGCGAUUCCACUUCUCCUUACAUCCCUAGUGUAUGCUGGGUCAUUCGUCACUAGAUUGUGGCUCCUAGAGAGUUCUUGGGGCAGUGGCGAUGAGGUGGAGAUAGGCUGCGCCCAGAGGCUUGCACAAUGGAUCCAAGCUGCUGUUGCGGAUGUUAUGGUUUGGCGGAACUAUGUAGUGGCGCCAUUUACUGAGGAGCUGGUUUUCAGGGCAUGCAUGAUACCUCUUCUUCUAUGCGGGGGAUUCAAAAUGUCUACAAUUAUAUUUCUGAGUCCAGUCUUCUUCAGUCUAGACAAGCUCUCCAAGAAUAUCGACGUCGUCAUAUCCAUUGACAUCCAUCCUCAUGGAUCUGAAGCAGAUGGUCCAGUCCCUGAUUCUGUUGGUGCCAAUAGCAAAGAUCCUGGAGUUGCUUGCCAGUGA